AGCGGUUUAGGACUAGUGGAUUGCGAUUAGGGAUCCAAACCGUUAGUGAAUUGAAAAGGCUAAUUUAGGUUUAGGUUGAUCGGAGAAAACGGCACCGUUCUGGACCAAGGCCUGGUGGGCGAGGGAGCGGUCGGCGACGAAGAUGGCAGGGCGAGAACCGAUAUUGAGGGUGACCAUUGGGCCGAGCUUUGGGUGGAGUUUGCGGAGAAUCAGUUCCAUCUCCGAGGUGGACGUGAGUUUGCGGAGCCAUAGGAAGGGGCCGACGAUGGGGAUGGUGGAGGGGCCGGGAGGGAGAGAGUGGGCGGGGGAUUUCGUCGGAAAGAGGAGGUUGAGGAGCGCUCUAAGGAGAAGCGCAACGGAGACUGUGAUGAGGAUGAUGAACCAGACUUCCAUCUUUCUGGCAGAAUGUGAUUGGAGUGAAAUGGAGCAUGAUGGCGUAUUUGAAGGAAAGUGUCGGUAAAAAGUAAAAUCCAAAAGGAAAAUAAUUGAGGUAUAAUUUU